AUGCUAUCUUCAUCGCUGCUACUUUCGGAACGGGCUAUUUUGCGCUUUGCUACGGCCGACCGUGGCAGUCUUGGCUACGAAAUCACCGAGGUGGCUCCUGCUCAGCGACUACUCAUCCGCAAGGUAACUACUCUUGGCUACCUCCUUGCUCUAAGCUCCGCUAAGUAUCUUCUAGACGUCUUCUACACUGUGAGAAAGUUCCGCUUCACCGUAUACUUCUUUGAGGCGGCAGCGGUGGCCUACCUGAUUGCUUGCACCGUUGCCUGGUUUGCUACCUGCCGCCCUUUCAGGUUUAACUGGGAGCUUGGUUCAGAUGUGACACAGCAUUGCGGCAACCUCGGACUCAAAUUCCUUCUCAGCGCCAUCUUCAAUCUUGUUCUGGAUGUCUGUAUCCUAAUUCUCCCGAUGCCUAUGCUUUGGACUUUGCAUAUGAGCACGCGGCGGAAAUUUGCCCUCAGCUUUGUUUUUGGUUUGGGUAUUUUUGUCUGUUUCGCUACAGCAUGGCGAACAUACCACGUAGUCAAAUUCUCCACGCCUGAGGCCCAGAUGAACUUUACCGUAACGGUUGUCGACGAUGCUUUGUGGUCUGGACUUGAAAUUACCCUUGGGAUCGUCGACGCGUGCCUCCCCGCUUUGCAACCGGCGACACGACGUAUUUUUAACGCCUCUUUUCUUCAACUUGCGAGUCUCUCUGGAAUCCGUUCCCUCAAGCAUUCCAAGAUGUCCACGAGCUCCAGCGCAUCAUCGAAUUACUCGCGGUUCACAUCAUGGGCGCGCCGCUUCGGCAACUCAAAGGGCGAAUCAAAAGUUGGGAUUGAGCGCGAGAUGGAAUACUCGGUUGACAUCGAGUCAUUUCCUGGCCGUCGCAUCCCCAUGGAGAACAUGGGAUCAACUACAAAGUUGGCCGCCAACAGCCCUGCGAUAUACCACAAACCCUUGGUGAACCAGUACGACGGCGGCGAGUCUCCCCUGCCCCAAGUUUAG